GUGCACAAGCCCACUCUCCUCGAGUGUGUCGAAAGUGCGGGCUGUGAGCUGCAGGCCAUCCCGUCUCCUUCCUGCUCUUCACUCUGGCUGGAAGGAGCAAGACCAGAGGCAGUGAAGGGGAAGAUGCACAAGUUGCAUUUCAGCGGGGACCCUGUACCGGAUUGUGUGUUGAACGACAUCCAGACACUUAAUAAACUCUCCAGCCAGCAAUUCUCAGCAUUGACCGAGAUAAUCUUCAGCUUUAUUACACAACCCACCGAGUCAGAACGAUUAUUAAGUCAACUCAGUGAGUUUGCCUCUCAGAAUGGAAUGAGCCCAGGCCCACUGAAAAAUAUUAUGAAAAGCAUCCUCUUGGUUCCUACUGGUGCCUUGAAAAGGAAUUUGACAGCUGACCAUGUCAAGACUGAUUUUGUUACUCUGGGGCUAAGUGAAGAGAAGGCUGGAUGCUUUGCAGAUCAGUGGAAAUUGAAUUCUGCAGUGCUGUCAAGACUGGCAGUGGGACAAACGUUGACUGUCAAUCAAUUAGUAGAUAUGGAGUGGAAAUUUGGAGUAACAGCAGGGAGCAGUGAAUUGCAAAAGGUUGGCAGCGUAUUUUUACAGUUAAAAUUUGUUAUAAAGAAGGGGAACAAGAGUGAAAAUGUUUACAUGGAGUUGACUUUACCACAGUUCUAUAACUUCUUACAUGAAAUGGAACAAGCCAAGGCUAGCCUUGAAUGUUUCAGUUAAAUUGCUGCAUCAUUAUUCAUCAAAUUGUUUGAACUAUAAACAAAGCUCAUUUUCUACUUGUUCAAAAAAUCCAUUUGUACAUUCAAGUGCAAUAAAUCUUCAUUAUUUAUAA